AUUCUGCAGCGAAAUGGUGAUGAAUCCAUGGAGGAGGAGAGGAGAAGAGAGGAAAAGCGAUAAAGAGAUAUUGAUUCAUAUUCCGUAAAGAAAAGGGAAAAGGAAUCCGCACCUGAAAAGCACACGCAAGCUUCUGUAUGCGUUUGUGGGGCUGUGAUUGGCAUUCAAUUUCUCCCCUAUCGAGAAGGAUCGAUUUACUUCGAUCCUCUUCUGUUUUUGCUGUGUAUUGUGUGUUGUUAAUCGGCAUAGAAGCAGGCAACCAGCUGAAUUUCUCCCGAUUUUGCGUGCAUAGUUACGUACCUGAAUUCAGAUACUGAGAUUGUAGGGAUAUUACAGACACCAUGAAUCCAAAAGAUGGAAGAUCAAAUUCAUCACAGCAAGAGAGAAAUUUUAGGGCAGCUCCUAUGGCAGUGAUGUUUAUUCUGCUCUGCAGUCUUUCAUUCUAUCUUGGGGGGAUGUUUUGCUCGGAAAAGGAUAUACUUGUAGCUCGAGACAUUAGUAAAGGAAUCGGAACUUCCAAGGGAAUAACCACGUCGCCUCUCCAAAUUAGGGAAGUGACCUUUCCUGAAUGUGGUCCAGAAUUUCAUGACUACACACCGUGCACUGAUCCGAAGAGGUGGAAGAAAUACAGUACCCGUCGACUUUAUUUUCUGGAGCGGCAUUGCCCUCCCAUGUUUGAAAGGAACGAAUGCAUAAUUCCCCCACCUGAUGGUUAUAAAGAACCAAUUAGAUGGCCGAAAAGCUGGGAUGAAUGUUGGUAUAGGAAUGUACCAUAUGAUUGGAUUAAUAAACAAAAAUCGAAUCAACAUUGGCUGAAGAAAGAAGGCGAAAAGUUUCUAUUCCCCGGGGGCGGCACAAUGUUCCCUAACGGCGUCACACACUACGUCGAUUUGAUGCAAGAUUUGAUCCCUGAAAUGAAAGACGGCACUGUUCGUACUGCAAUCGAUACCGGAUGUGGGGUUGCUAGCUGGGGAGGUGAUUUGCUAGAUCGAGGGAUUCUUACAGUGUCUCUUGCCCCUAGAGAUAACCACCAGGCCCAAGUUCAAUUCGCUCUUGAACGCGGGAUUCCCGCCAUUCUCGGCAUCAUCUCUGUUCAUCGACUACCUUUUCCUUCAAAUUCUUUCGAUAUGGCGCAUUGCUCAAGAUGCCUUAUUCCAUGGACUGAACACGGUGGCGUUUACCUUCUAGAAAUACAUCGCAUUCUCCGGCCGGAGGGUUUCUGGGUACUUUCCGGGCCCCCGAUAAACUACAAGAGGCGUUGGAAGGGAUGGAACACAACAAUAGAAGAGCAGAGAUCGAAUUACGAAAAGCUGCAAGACUUGCUCACUUCCAUGUGCUUCAAAUUAUACAACAGCAAAGGCGACAUCGCCGUAUGGCAGAAAUUAUCCGACAACGACUGCUACAAAAAGCUCGAGGCCCCCGACCAUUACCCGUCGCCGUGCAACGACGGUACCGAACCCGAUUCUGCGUGGUACACUCCAAUGAGGCCUUGUGUCGUUGUCCCAAACAAGUUCUACAAGCGAGUGGCGCUGAACUCCCUGCCUAAAUGGCCCGAAAGAUUGAAUACCGUCCCCGAGCGCGUCUCGGAAAUCCGUGGCAAGAACUCGGCUUUCAAGCGCGAGGAUAAGAAAUGGAAGAAACGAUUGAUCCAUUACAAGAAGGUGCUGCCCGCGUUGGGAACCGACGAGAUACGCAACGUCAUGGACAUGAACACUUUGUUCGGAGGUUUUGCUGCUUCGAUGAUCGACUAUCCGUUGUGGGUCAUGAACGUGGUUUCAUCCUACUCGACUAAUACACUUGCUAUUAUAUAUGACAGGGGCCUUGUCGGGACGUAUCACGAUUGGUGUGAGGCCUUCUCUACAUAUCCUCGGACUUACGACCUUCUUCAUCUUGACGGGCUUUUUACUGCUGAAAGUCACCGGUGUGAGAUGAAGUAUGUUCUAUUAGAGAUGGACCGGAUUCUCCGCCCAAAGGGGUACGCGUUCAUCCGGGAAUCAAGCUAUUUUGCAGACACGAUCAUUACAAUGGCGAAAGGAGUGAGAUGGGAAUGUCGCCGGGAGAAGACAGAAGAGGGUAGCAGCAAAGAUGAAACCAUACUAAUUUGCCAGAAGAAGCUCUGGUACUCUUCGAACAAAAGUUCGAGAUGACACUGCAAGAAAAAGGCCCGAUGAUUUGUCCGAGGACAAGUUUUUUGUGUGUAAGAAAGAGUCGACGAUACAGGACGGAGUUGUAUUACGAUGACUAGUUUUAGCGCAUUGUUCGAAUCUAGCACGGCGAACCUAUUAUUAUGUUGCAUUGUCGGAUUGCUGUAUAAUAUUAAGGACAUUUUGCAUGUUAUCGAGCU